AUGGCCAGGGCAUCGUCCACGUAUUGCCUAAUUCCGUUUUUGUGCCAACUAUGGGGCAUACAAGCCUUGAGCUUGGACACCUUGAUAUCCCAGAGUAACAUCUACUAUCAGAGGCCAGCUAAAUUGGGUCUACCAUUUGAGUUGGUGCUGGAGAAUGUGGAUCAUUUGGAAUCGGUGGAGUCGAUUAAAUUGAUUGUACAUGGUUAUUUGGGUUCUCGCACCCACAGCUCAAUUAUGCCCUUGAGGAAUGCCUAUGCCGCCCAGGGUUAUGAGAAUAUUCUGGUGGCCGAUUGGUCGCCGGUGGCCAAUUUGGAUUAUCCCAGUGCGAGGCGUUCCCUUAGCCGAGUGGCUCACAGUCUGGCCAAUCUGUUGCAGCAAUUUCUCGGCAAGCACAACAUCUCACAUGAGGCAGUUCAUGUGAUCGGUCACAGUUUGGGCGCCCAUAUUGCUGGACGCAUUGGCAACCAUUUCAACGGCACUUUGGGCCGCGUCACAGGCCUAGAUCCGGCUUUGCCUUUGUUCACGCCGCGCUCCGAUGACAGUCUGCAGGCAAAUGCUGCAGGAUUUGUGGAUAUUAUUCAUACGGAUUAUCCGCUCUUCGGUGACUUUACACCGCGGGGAACUGUCGAUUUUUAUCCAAAUUACGGUCUAGCCCCCCAGCCAGGAUGUGAAGAUGUGGACCUAUUGACGGCCAGUAAGCUCAUACUGGAGGCCUAUAGUUGCAGUCACAAUCGAGCUGUUCUUUUCUAUGCCGAGUCAAUUGGUUUGCCCAAGAAUUUUCCCGCUAUUCGCUGUCCUCUCAAGUCCAUCAAAAGUCGUAAUCUCAAUGGUUGCCUGCAAUAUCAAAAUGCAUCAAUUGGUGAUGUGGAUGAAUCUCAAUUAAUUUACAUGGGCGAGAAGGUUUCCAAGAGCGCCACCUCUUAUUUCGUUUUGGCUACUAAUGCGGCGCCACCUUUUGGCCAAGGGGUUGUGUUAAAAUUGAGUUAACCGUGCUCGAAAUGCGUUAAUGCUGCCCAAAACGAGUUAACUGAGCCGUUAAGUAUUAACAGAGGUGGCAGAUUUGAAUUAUUUAUUUGGUAUCUUCAAAUUUAUAACUUUUUGCUUGUAUGGGCACAACAUUUUUCAAAGUAAAACAAAUAAAUAUUUUAAUUUAUAA